ACACAUAUAAAUAAGAAGCCAAGAACUCAAUAUACUCUUCAUCACAACUUCAAAAGUCAUCAUCAAGAACUUUCAACAAAACUCAUAACAAUUUCCCAACACAUCAAAACUAUGGAUAACAACUUCCCAUUUCCACCACCACCACCACCACCUUCCUCUGAUCAAAGCUACACCAUAGUAAUACUCGUGUUCUCAACGUUCGGUUGCAUCUUACUUGGCCUAGCUAUUCUUGCUUUUUGCACAUACUUCUUGAAGAAAAAGAAGAAUAGUACAAUGCUAGUUGAAGAAAAAGAAGUGAAACACAUUGAUGAUCAUGUUAAAAUAAAGGAAGCAAUAGUUGAAGGACCUCAUGGGAAACUUGAGACAAUAGUACUCUCAGUAGAAGAAGAUUUGCAUGAACAAGAUGACAUUAUAAGGACAAAGAAAGAGUUGGAAGAAGUUCAUCAUCAUAACUUCAUACAUGCUAAUAAUAAAUCUUCAGAAAUUACACCUUCUGCUCUUGAAGCUGCCCAUAGACAAACUGAAUUAAGCAUCAAUUCAUGAUUUUUAUUUCAUUUUUUAAAAAAAAAUAAAUGACAAGAAUGGGAGUUACUAUUGUAUAAAGUUAAUUAUAAUUUUUAUCUUUUUUGAUGUUUUAAUUUCUUUGAAGUCACAACUCCUCACAUACCAUUGAAUUCUUCUGUUCUUCUUUAUCAUAAUCUUCACUUCUUGAGUUAA